UUCUCCUAUUCCUCAUCUCCGUCACCACCGCAAACUAAGCAACCUAAUCUCCACCCGCUGACCAUCCACCCUGCGGCUCCCCGCAUUCCUCAGGUAGCUGCGCGCGUGCGUGGGAGAAAGAGGAGCGCGGAUUGCCCUCUGGCCUCGAGGCAAGGAACAUUGCGUAAUCUCUCCUCCUCGAGUCACUCCGACCUCCCGGAGAAGGAGCGCAGCGCAACACGGUCCGACGGUCAGAGGAUGCAGGUCGGAGGAGACUCCGGCGGCAUGGAGCUGGGGGACGGCAGCCUGAACCCGGGCUUCCGGGACGUGGACGGCGGGUCAGCGGCGGAGGACCCCGGGAAGGAGAAGCGCGACCCGGAGUACGCGCAGAUCAAGCCGUACGCCGGGAUGCCCAAGGAGGUGCUGCUGCUGCACUCCUGCAAGGCCCGGUACCGGGUGCCCCGGGAGAUCCUCUUCUGGCUGAUGGUGGCGUGCACCCUGGCGCUGGUGGCGCUCACCGUCACGGUGAUCGCGCUGUCCCCGCGGUGCAUGAACUGGUGGCAGGUGUCCCCGGUGUACCAGGUGUAUCUCCGGUCCUUUAAGGACUCCGACGGAGAUGGGGUCGGAGACCUGAAAGGAAUUCAGAAGCAGCUGGAGCACUUCCAGUACCUGAACAUCAAGUCAGUGUGGGUCAGUCCCUUCUACCGCUCUCCCUUGAGGGACUCUGGCUACGAUGUGGAAGAUUUCCGGGCCAUCGACCCGCUCUUUGGAACCAUGCAGGACUUUGAAAAGCUUCUGGCUGAAAUGCACAGCAAAGGUUUGAAGCUGAUCGUGGAUCUCAUUCCCAAUCACACCAGCGACCGUCACCGCUGGUUCAACUUGAGCCGGACGGGAGAUCCUCACUACAAGGAUUACUACGUCUGGUCCGACUGCAACGGAUCCGCACCGAGGCCUAAUAACUGGGUGAGUGUGUUUGGGAAUUCGGCGUGGACUUACGAUGACGUUAGAGGACAAUGCUACCUGCACCAGUUCCUCAAAGAACAACCGGACCUGAACUUCAGAAACCCACAUGUCCGCAAAGAGAUGACUGAUAUAAUUCAUUUCUGGCUGGAGAAGGGAGUGGACGGGUUUCGGGUGGGUGCAGUGAAUCGCCUCCUGGAGGCCGCACACUUGAGGGACGAACCGCAGGUGGACCCAAAGAAAGCACCGGAAUCUGUGGCCUCCGUGUGGGACCUCCACCAUGACUACACCACCAGUCAGCUGGGCCUUCAUGACCUGCUGAGGGACUGGAGGGCUGAGAUGCAGGCCUACAGCCGAGAGCCAGGCAGAUACAGGUUCAUGGUGACCGAGUCUUAUGAUUACCACGAGGUGGACAAGACCAUGAUGUACUAUGGCACCUCGCUGGUUAAAGAAAGUGACUUCCCCUUCAACUUUUACCUGCUGGACCUGCCUCAGAACACCAGUGGCUUGUGGGUUAAACAUCUGGUCCAGCUGUGGAUGGCCAACAUGCCCAAGGGACAAUGGCCCAACUGGCUGGUGGGUCCUAACAUCACCUUUCACUUCCAUAGUGAUAAACCAUCCUCUUCCACACUUUCCAUGUAUUUAUCUUACACCCCCCCCCCGUGUUUCAAGGUUGGCAACCACGACCAGCCUCGAAUUGCCUCCAGUGCCGGUCAUACCUACAUCCGUGCCAUCAACAUGCUGCUGCUGACCCUCCCCGGCACGCCCACCACCUACUAUGGUGAGGAGAUCGGCAUGGAGAACAACAACGGCACAGACGGCCCGGCACGGGACCCAGCUGGCAAAUACAAUGCGAGUGCCAGUCAGGACCCUCAGCGGUCUCCAAUGCAGUGGAGUAGUGACAUGAACGCAGGCUUCAACAACAAAACCAACACCACCUGGUUGCCUCUCCACCCUGAUUACAGAAGCAUCAAUGUGAAGGCCCAGAUGGAAGACGAGGGGUCUGUUCUGGCUCAGUACCGUUCCCUGAACACCCUGCGCCAGUCGGAGCUGCCCUUUCUGCGUGGCUGGUUCUGCUUCGUGCACGCCGAUGCCAGCGUCUUCUCUUACCUCAGAGAGCUGGACGGGCUCAGCAGAGCUUUCCUCAUGGUGCUGAACUUUGGGGGAGAACCGGCCGUCACGGAUCUCUCCUCUGUUCCGGAGUUACCGGACCUGCUGACGGUGCAGAUGAGCACAAACCGAAGCAACGACGACAAGGUGCUGCACAAGUCCCGGAUCCCGACGGAGGCGGGAGAGGGCUUGGUGAUUCAGUACACCACCAACACUCGGUUCCAUCCCAACCACCCAGAGCAGUGCUACGUCUCUGAGAAGGCCUGCUACUUGAGUGCCGUUGACUUACUGUACCAAUGCUGAUAUGAACGUCACUCACUUUAUUCAAAGUUAACAGCCGCAAUCGAAUGAUCAAGAUUCUUUUUUCACGCCUCCUCGUUAUGAGGUUGACGUGGUAUAAUAAAGAGAACCACUGCACAUCCA